AUGGGGCGCUUAGCGGCACAGUGGCAGAAACUGCCCGUCACACUGACGGAACUGUGUAUUGACACCACACUGCGGUGCGGCCAGUCCUUUCGCUGGCGCAAAUUCGGCGACGAAUGGCGCUGCACAUUGCAUGGCCGGAUUCUGUCCUUGCGGCAAGAUGCAGAGAGCCUGUACUACAAGGCUGCCUUUCCCAGCGAGGCGGCAGGAGCUGCUUCAUCGGGCGUGCUCCGGCCACCAUCUGGGGAUGCUGCCGAAGGGAAGGACGUCCAUGACGACGGCGACGACACAAAGGCUCUCCUGGACCUGCGCGCGCUCUACGACCAGUGGUGUCGCGACGACGCCAACUUCCGCAAAAAGGCGCCGCAGUUCAGCGGCAUCCGCAUCCUGAACCAGGACGCCUGGGAGGCGCUUGUCUGUUUCAUCUGCAGCAGCAACAACAACAUUGCGCGCAUCUCGCAAAUGGCCCACAAGCUGUGUGUGCACUACGGCCCAAAGCUCGGUCAAGUCGACGGCGAGGACUACCACGACUUCCCCUCACCGUCUGCGCUCGCCCAACCGAGCGUCGAGGCGCACCUGCGGCAGCUGGGCUUUGGCUACCGCGCCAAGUACAUUGUGCAGACGGCGGCGAUGAUGUGCGAGACGGGACCGGGGUGGUUGCGCCAGCUGCGGAAUCCGGCGUGUCCGCCACCAUGGACGACGGGGGCGGCGGCUGCAACGGCGGCCACGGCAACGGAUGGCUCUGCCGACGCCUGCGUGCCCACCUACAAGACGGCCCACGAGCAGCUGCUGACGCUCAGCGGCGUCGGACCCAAGGUGGCCGACUGCGUGUGCCUCAUGGGCCUGGGCUGGGGGGAGGCGGUGCCGGUGGACACGCAUGUAUGGCAGAUUGCCGUGCGGGACUACAAGUUCAAGAAGCUCGCGUCCAAGACGUUUUCGCGGGCCAUCCACGACGCCGUCGGCGACCACUUUCGGACCCUCUGGGGGCCCUAUGCCGGCUGGGCCCAGUCUGUGCUCUUUACGGCGAAUCUCAAGUCGUUUUCCGAGCAGCUCAAGAACGGAGGCGAUCUCGAGAGCGAGGACAAGGCUGCGGGCGAACAUGGCAAAAUGGAGGAGAACGAGGCUGCCACGCGAUCCACAGGAGUCACGACAGCGAAGAGAAAGCGGACAACAGUCGUCAAAGUCGAGGAAGAGGCCAAAGUGGCCGUCGUACAAGAAGUGCAAACGAGGUCAAAACGAAGCAAACGAGGCUGA